CUGUUGACGCACAAAUUGUUUAAUAUAAUUUUUGAAAAGUUACAAUAAUAUGGCUGAAAAAGUAUAUGAUAUUUUUAAUUCAUUUCAAGAUUAUCUAAACAAUGAAGAAGAAUUACGUGUGGAAAUCCGUGCUAUUGUCAGAGAUCUUGAGAAAAGUGCCAGAGACAUUCUGAUGAUAUUGCAGAAUAUUCAUAAUGAAAAUAAUAUGGAAGAAAAUAUAAUUGUAUCUCAAUAUUGUGUAACUUCGAGAGAAUUGUUUGAAGAUGUGCGUAAAAGCUAUACAAGACUUGCAGAAAUUGUACCAAAAAACCAAUAUUAUAGAUUUCAUGAACAAUGGCGUGUUGUUACACAAAGAUUAUGUUUUCUAGCUUCUUUAAUAAUAUAUUUAGAGAUUAAUGUUUUGGUUACCAAAGAGACUGCUGCAGAAAUAUUAGGAGUUAAAAAUAGUAGAGAAGAUGGAUUUCACUUGGACUUGGAAGACUAUUUGAUGGGCCUGCUACAAUUAGCUGCAGAACUGAGCCGUUUCGCUAUAAAUAGCGUCACUAAUGGUGAUUAUAAUCGACCUAUAGAAAUAGCACGAUUUGUAAAUGAACUAAAUGCAGGCUUCAAGCUUUUAAAUUUGAAAAACGAUUCUCUAAGAAAACGUUUUGAUGGUUUAAAAUAUGCUGUUAAAAAAGUGGAAGAAGUAGUUUAUGAUCUCAGUAUACGAGGUCUAAAACCAUCUGCAAAUCCAGUUAUUCAAGAAACAGAGUAACUAUUUGUAGGAUCGGGGCCUCGAUACCUAAAUAGGGUACCGACGAGGAAAAAUAGAG